AGCUGCAACUGUAACAACUCCAUUGCCACAAGAAUAGGAUAUGCUCUUGCAUGGCUCAUGCUUUCCAACUGGGCAAUUAAAAAGUUGCAACAUUUAACAUUGGAUUACAUGAAGCUCGAUUGUGCAGAAGGAAGAUGCUAUGGAAUUAUUGCUGUUCACCGAGUUUGCUUUGCCUUGGUCCUUUUUCAUGCUAUUCUUGGUCUCUUAUUACUAGGUGUUAACGACAGUCGGUCAAAACGUGCGGCAAUUCAGAAUGGCUGGUGGGGUCCGAAGAUAUUAGGCUGGAUUGCUCUCUUGGUUGUUUCAUUUUUCAUUCCAAGUGGAUUCUUCAUGGCAUGGGGAAACUAUUUCGCAUUAAUUGGAGCCGCACUUUUCAUUCUGUUUGGCCUAGUUCUACUGGUCGACUUUGCUCACAGCUGGACAGAAAGAUGCAUGGAGAACUAUGAAAUGACAGACUCUAACAAAUGGAAGUAUAUUCUAAUCGGCGGCACAUUGCUUAUGUUUGCUGGCGCCAUUACUUUGACGGGAAUUAUGUAUGGCUUCUUCGCUACGAAUGGAUGCUCUCUGAACCAAUUUUUCGUUACCCUUAACCUGAUUCUGUGUGCUCUGGUUACUCUUCUCUGCAUCUCCCCGGCUAUACAAGAAGCAAACCCGAGAUCUGGACUAUCGCAAGCCUCAAUUGUGGUCAUUUACUGUACAUAUGUUGUCUUGUCCGCAGUUGCUAACGAGCCUAACGAUAAAGAAUGCAAUCCUCUGAGACGGUCACAUGGAACACAGACCACCUCAAUUGUUCUCGGUGCAGUAUUUACUUUCUUGGCAGUUGCUUAUUCUACCAGCCGAGCGGCUACACAAGAUGGUGCAUUUAUUAACAACAGCAGACGUACAAACAAUAACUACGAGCCUUUGGAUACUGAAAGUGCUGUUCCUCUGAUGCCAAAUCAGGUUGAGCUUGGUGCUCAGCGUAUGAGCGUACAGGGAUCAACUCGUCAACAUUUAGUUGCUGCAGUUGAGAGUGGUGCUUUGCCUCGGUCAGUUCUUGAUGAUGAAGAGGACGAUGACGAUGAUGGUAUCGAUGACAGAGAUGAUGAAAGAUUCGGUGCAGUAUACAGCUAUUCUUUCUUUCAUUUUGUGUUCGCAAUUGCAGCAAUGUACAUUGCCAUGGUACUUACAAACUGGAAUACAAUUACUAUGGAAGACGCAACUUUGCCAAGCCAAGAUCAGGGGGAUCUUGUCCGUAUUGGACAAAGUUAUACUGCUGUCUGGGUCAAAAUAGUGUCGGGUUGGAUUUGCCAUAUAAUCUACCUUUGGUCUCUUGUUGCCCCUGUUGUUAUGCCCGAUAGGUUCACGAUCUAAUUUGUAGCUUUAAUAAAUUUAUAAGAUUAUUAAAUAAAUAUAAAAUCAAAAAACUUAAUGGAAAG